AAAACUGGCUGCUUUCCAGGUUCUGGAUCUGGUUAUGGAGUCAUAGAAGGCCCCCAAAACGUAACAGUCCUGAAGGGCUCCCAGGCUCGCUUCAACUGCACUGUCUCCCAGGGCUGGCAGCUCAUCAUGUGGGCGCUCAAUGGUAUGGUGGUGCUGAGCAUCCGGCCCACGGAGCCCAUCAUCACCAAUGACCGCUUCACCUCUAAGAGGUAUGACCAGGGCGGGAACUUCACCUCGGAGAUGAUCAUCCACAACGUGCAGCCCGGUGAUUCAGGGCACAUCACGUGCAGCCUCCAGAACAGUCUCCUGCAUGGGUCUGCUUUCCUUACGGUCCAAGUUAUGGGAGAGUUGUUCAUUCCCAGUGAUAAUCUUGUAGUUGUUGAGAAUGAACCUUGUAGAGUUACUUGUCGAGCCUUGAACUGGCCCCUGCUCCCGGAUAUGUUCUGGGAGCUCGGUGCCCUGGUCAGCCAUUCAAGCUAUUAUUUUGCUCCGGAGCCCAGCGACCCUCAGAGUGCAGUGAGCAUCCUGGAUCUGAUCCCACAGGGCAAUGGGACUCUGACUUGCGUGGCUACCUUGAAGAGCCUGCAGGCCUCCAAGUCUGCAACUGUCAAUCUCACUGUGAUGCGGCCUCACCGAGACACUGGAGGAGGCAGAAGUAGCUAUCCAGUUUUUUUACCAGGCUUGGGUUUUUCGUUGCCUGCUUGGGCCAAAGCUGCCCUUGGACUAUCAGGCACCCUGCUCCUGACGCUGACGUGCGCCCUUACGAUUCGCUGCUGCUGCCGUUGCUGCUCCUGCGGCUGCUGCUGCCGCUGCUGCUGUUGCUGCAGAAGAAAAAGAGGAAUUCGCAUUCAAUUUCAAAGAAGGAAAUCUGAAAAAGAGAAGGAAAAAAAAGAAACGGAGACAAAAAGUGGAAAUGAAAACCCUGACUACAGAUCAGACGAACCAAAGACCACAGAAAUUGAUUCUCUCCCUCCUAAAUCCUGUGAAUCCAGUGAUCCUGGACAAAGAAGCAGUAGCUGUGGCCCCCCUCAACAGGAGGCUGAUCAAUGUCUGCCCAGGCCAGCAAAUCACCCACAGGCUUCUUUUAAUCUGGCCAGUCCUAAGGAGUUCAGGAAUGCAACUUUAGUACAGCAAAGACUUCCCUAAGCUACUCUGAACACUUCACUGACAAUUUACAACAUGGUGACGGCAUCCUUCCUUUUCAUCCUGAGACUGGCCCGCGGCUCUGCCAACAUUACCUGAACAGGAGAUGUCGGAGUCAUCAGAACUGAUACUUGACAGUGAGAGAAGGAAUUGAUUUUCCCAGAUUUCAAAGUAGAAUGUGACUUUUAAAAGGUUUCAAGGUUUCUGUGAAUUCCAUGAAGUUACUAAGUAAAAGUUGCAAAUUCAUCAUAAUUUUUCUCGACACUCAACACUCCCACUUGUUAAUCCAACAAACGGUAGAUAAAAUUCUGCAUUCUACCAUAACUUUAAAAAGUUUUGAUUAUCUUAAAGCAUAUGAAGAUGAUAUUUGUAUAUAUUUAAUAUGCAGGGGUAUUACUACAUAUUAACAGUGAAAUGUGAGUAUUAAAAAUGAGGGUCAACCAGAAGUCUACAGUUGACUCUCAAAACUGAGCUCAGUUAAAAUAAGAUUCAGUCCUAAUAUGGAGAUGCAUGUUCCUUAAUAUCUCACGAAGUAUUUACAUGAAGACAUUCACUUUUAUCUGUCCCUUAUCAGACUUAUUUGAACCUCCUCAAAUGAAUUGCAUGUGACUUGUGCUCUGUAGAGGGUGGACCUCACCUACUAUGCAUACCAUGAAAAACUGGAAAUGGGCAUUGUAGUCUUUAAUUAAUAAAAAGGAAAGCACCAAAAAAUGUG